AUGCGUCUCUCCUUGGGCGCAUCCGUUGCAGCCCUAGCAGCAUCGGCAAGCGCUGCUUCGCUUGAUGAUGUCUGCACUGUCUCAAAUGUGCAGUCUGCCCUGCCAUCCAAUGGCACUCUGCUUGGUAUCAACAUGAUCUCCUCCGCCGUGACUGCCAGUAUUGUCUACAAUGGCACCGCUGGCAGGGACAGCACCGGGUCCUACACCUACUGCAAUGUGACCGUCAGCUACGAGCACACUGGCAAAGGAGACUCCGUCGUCAUCAAGUAUGCCUUCCCCAAGCCCUCCGACUUCAAGAAGCGUUUCUAUGUCGCCGGCGGCGCUGGCUUCUCCCUGUCCAGUGACGCAACCGGUGGUCUCGGGUAUGGUGCUGUCGGUGGUGCCACCGGUGCAGGCUAUGAUGCCUUCAACAACGGCUACGACGACGUGGUCCUCUACGGCAACGGAACCCUCAACUGGGAUGCAACCUAUAUGUUCGGAUACCAGGCUCUAGGCGAAAUGACCAAGAUCGGAAAGGUUCUCACCCGGGGCUUCUACGGCAUGGCUUCUUCCGCCAAGGUCUACACAUACUACGAAGGCUGCUCUGACGGUGGCCGUGAGGGUAUGAGCCAAAUCCAGCGCUACGGAGAUGAGUACGACGGAGCAAUCACCGGAGCCCCGGCCUUCCGUUUCGGCCAACAGCAAGUCCACCACGUCUUCCCAGCCACGGUCGAACAAACCCUCGACUACUACCCGUCUCCCUGCGAAUUGGCCAAGAUCGUCAACGCCACCAUCACCGCCUGCGAUCCCCUCGACGGCCGGACCGACGGCGUCAUCUCUCGCACCGACCUCUGCAAGCUCAAGUUCAACCUAAGCUCCAUCAUCGGCGAGGAAUACUACUGCGCAGCAGAGACCAGCACCUCCCUAGGCUUCGGCUUCAGUAAGCGUGCCGACGGCACCAGCACCUCCUACAAGCCCGAGCAGAGCGGCAAGGUCACCGCCCAGGGCGUGAAAGUCGCGCAAGCCAUCUACGACGGCCUCCACAACUCAAAGGGACAACGCGCCUACCUAUCCUGGCAAAUCGGCUCUGAGCUCAGCGACGGCGACACGCAGUGGAACAACGCAUCCAGCAAAUGGGAGCUCAGCAUCCCCUCAACGGGUGGCGAGUGGGUGACCAAGUUCAUCCAGCUCCUCGAUCUCGCCAACCUCCCCAACCUCGAAAACGUCACCUACGAUACCCUCGUCGAAUGGAUGAACACCGGCAUGGUCCGGUACAUGGACAGUCUGCAGACCACCCUGCCGGACCUAACCACGUUCCAAGCCUCCGGCGGAAAACUGCUGCACUACCACGGUGAAUCGGACCCUAGUGUCCCCGCUGCGUCGUCGGUGCAUUACUGGCAGUCUGUCCGCGAUAUCAUGUACCCCCAUCUGUCUUCCCGGGAUAGUCUUAAGAAACUCGCCGAUUGGUACCAGUUCUACCUCAUUCCCGGUGCUGCGCACUGCGGCAAGAAUGCCCUCCAGCCUGGUCCGUUCCCGCAGAAUAAUAUGCAGACUAUGAUUGACUGGGUGGAGAAUGGUGUUAAGCCUUCUCGGCUGAAUGCGACUGUCUCGUCUGGUACUUACGAGGGUGAGACGCAGAUGCUUUGUCAGUGGCCUACUCGUCCGCUCUGGAAGAGUAAGAGCUCUUUCACGUGUGUGGAGGAUAAGGCUUCGAUUGAUAGCUGGACUUAUUCUUUCCCUGCUUUCAAGAUGCCUGUAUACUAG